AUGUGCAAGAACAACUUACAUAGAAAAUAAAGGAAAAAUUUGGCCUUAGAAAGCAAACAAAGCUCUUGUUUUGUAUCCGUGAUUCUUUCUGGGUGUCCAUAAUGCUAAACUAUCUCAUUUCAGAUGGAAAAAUCCAAAAAACUCCAAUUAAAAAAAGUCGGUAUUUUCUGUAUUCGGUAUUCGCGCUGCAUACUUAAUAGCGGCUACAAUCAUCUGUUAUCGAAAAUGGGGCAAGAAGCUCCAAUUUACGACGCUAAAGAUGAAAAAAUAGCAUGAGAUACGAAAAGUUAGUCACAAGGAUCUUCUUGAAAGAGUGGAAGAUCUAAAUGUGUUCAUUAUUAUGUAAUGACGCUGACAUUAUUUAAGUACAUAGUAGUGCUAAAUAUAUCAGCUCAUAAUGGGUUUCGAACGACAUACUGUAUUUUUCUUACAGGAUAAAUGUACUUUUGAUCACCAAAUUUUCCAGCAUAAUGUCACAUUUUUUGUAUUCAGCAUACUCGAUAACCCAGUAGAUUUUCUACUGUCAAAAGUUUAGCAAAAUUUUUCGAACAAAAUGGCACAAAAAAAUUUCCAUAGGGAAAAUAAUAUUAGUUUCAAAAUUUUUCUUAAACUUUUGACGCUACCCCUCGUCAAAAAUACAAAAUCUACUGGAUUAUCGAGUGUGCUGAAUACGAAAGAGCACUUUUCCACGACUCUAAAUGAACUUUAUUUUUCUGCCGGUGAUAUGCUUCUGGUGUGGCAACAAUCCUGUUGACUUGUUGUACCAUUAGAAUCAUGCAGCUGUCCGAUUGGUAUGAAAGUAUAUUCGUGUAAACAUUCUGUGGGCUUAGCAGUUUUAUUUAACUUGUAUCAAGUUAGCCAUAAAAUACGUAUUCAACCAUUAGGCAAACGAAAAGCAAAAGGGCGUCCCAAGAAAGUUAGCACAGCUUUAAAUUUUUUGGAUAGAUAUAAAUAAAACUGUAAAAAUAUUGUUCAUAUCGUUAAUAUUUCAAUGAAUAUACAUCAUGUUGAAAAGUUUAGCAAUUAAAAUUAUCUUUUUUUGGUGAUCAAAAUAAUUGAUACGCGUUUUUGCACAUCUGGUAUAAUUUCUAUCACUUUUUCGUAAUGUACUCAAGAACCUAAAUAAUAGAGAACAGAAACAAAACCUAAUGGGCGAGGUUGGUGAAAUUUUUAUUAGAGAGAAGAAGAACGUUCUUCUUCUGUUAUCUAACGUUAUUUUCUGCAGGAAAAUCAGUUAUUCAAGAUGAAUCCAGAGACAGAUGAAUUCACUGUAAAAAAGAGUAUAAAUAUUCCUCUUAUGCUCGUAUAGCAGUCAUACACUUGAUUAUUAUUACUUCAUCGUCAUUAUGCAUACUCUCAUCGUAUCAUGUGUUUUAUUUUGUGUUAUUUAUCCCAUGACUUUCAAUGUUAUUGAGGUACGUACCACAGUCAACUCCACUGAUGAAACAUUUCAAGAACUCGUUGUCGCCACCUCGACCUCUGUAGCAGUUCAGACCACAAUCCAUUCUCCUCAACUUGGCACGGCAGCGAAGUUUGCUAUCCUUGCUGGCAGCACAGUGAAAUUUACUGGUUUCAGUAAUAAAAGUUUCAUUGGCACAAUAUCGUUAGGGCUAGGUACAAAUGCUACGCAAGCUAAAACAGACUUGGCGCUAGCUGUUCGUCAAGCAACAGAAGCACCGAAAUCUGCAUCCUUGACUGGUGUUGAUCUAGGUGGGCUUACUCUGCAACCUGGUGUGUAUACAUUUGACAGUACAGCAUCAAUAGCUGCACCCAGUGGUCAACUCACAUUGAAUGGUUCGGGAGUGUUCAUAUUUCAAAUUGGUAGUGCAUUAAAAACAUCACUUAACAGCCAGGUUUUGUUGGUAAAUGGUGCAUUACCACAGUGUGUGUUUUGGUUGAUUGGAAGUAGUGCAGUGUUGGGCAGUGGCUGUAAGUUUGAAGGUAUUAUAAUGGCAUCAGCAUCAAUUGGAUUUAUGGAUGGCGCCUCACUAGUAGGUGCAGCCUAUGCGCAAAAUGCAGCUGUAACACUAAUUAAUAACGUUAUCACCGUUCGGACAGCAUGUAAUCUAUAA